UUUGUUUCUGUUUCAGUUAGCGGGCGCCUGUAAUCGUGCACGACAAGCGAGCCAGGGUUGCACACAAGUGCUUGCAAACCAAAUACGUACAUUUAAAGAAGUUGAAUCAUGUCUGAUAACUCUUCGGCAGUGGAGGCAGGGGCCGUUGAGAUACAAGAGACUGUAGGGUUUCGAAAACUGUCGGAAUUGAGGGUCAUCGACCUGAAAGCUGAAUUGAAGAAAAGGAAUUUGGACGCCACCGGCAACAAGAGCCUGCUGUCAGAGAGGCUGAAAAAGGCCAUCGAGGAAGAGGGCGGAAAUCCGAAUGAGAUAGCUGUUACUUUAGAUACAGCCGGAAAGAAAACACCAGUCAGACGGACCUCUAAAGGGAAAAGACAGGACAAUGACGAACAGGGGGAUUAUACUAUUGAAGAGGAUUCGGGUGACGGUCAGGACGAGCACCACGACGACAACAGCAUGGACAACCUCCAGGAGAUGGACAUCAUGGACAUGAGCGUGCUGGACGACGCCGAGAACGACGAGGGGAUCCCCGCGGAGGAGUACGACGACGACGAGAUCCUGAACGAGGACCCCGAGGAGAAGGGUCACCCCUUCAGCCUUGCGGCGGACGAGGAGGAGGCGGAGGAGCUGGGCAACGGAGAUGUGGAGAUGUUGGACGAGGCCGAAGAGGCGUGCGUCGACGAGGAAGUCGGCGACGCAGAGGAGAAAGAUGAAGAUCUGAUAUGUCCGUCGCCCGCGGAGGAAGAGAAGGAAGAAGUUGAGGCAGAAGACUCAAAAGAAGGAAUAGAAAAUGAAAAAGUAGCCGGGUCUUGUUUGUCUGAGCCACUUAAUGAAGACCACCUGGAGGACACCACAGAAGAAGAGCAAGCCGCCGGCGCCCCCGGGGAAGAUAAUGUGUGCGACAGCGCCGAGUCCGCCAAUGUGAAGAGCGAACCGGGGUCGGCUAGCGACGGGGACAAGGACGUUGACGCUAAGCUAACCGGCGAUGCCGAACAGGAAGACGCGGAGGACGCCAGUAAGGUUCCGGAACAAGUGACAGUUGACACUGAGGGCAAGGGUGAUACUGUUAAGGCUGAUAGCGAUAACGCGGGCGAGAGCGAAUGCGCUGUUGAUACCGAAAUGGUAUUUAAGGCCGAGGGCGAGGAAGAUGAAGAGACGAAGACUGAAGAGCAAGCCGCUGAUUCCGCCUCGGCAGUGAAAGAGUCCUCUUCUGUUGAGGGCGAUCAGAAAAAGAGCGCUGAUGAGGAGAAGGGUAGCAAGCCUGACUCUAAAGAUGACAAGGGCGCUCCGGGCAGCAGCAAGAACCUGUGGGUCAGCGGCCUGUCCUCCACCACCAGGGCUACCGACCUGAAGACGCUGUUCAGCAAGUACGGCAAGGUGGUCGGCGCCAAAGUGGUGACCAACGCCCGCAGCCCCGGCGCCCGCUGCUACGGCUUCGUCACCAUGUCCUCCGCCGAGGAGGCCACCAAGUGCAUCAGCCACCUCCACCGCACCGAGCUCCACGGACGCAUGAUCUCCGUGGAGAGGGCCAAGAACGAGCCGGCGGGGAAGAAGCCGGCGGAGAAGGCCGACCCCAAGAAGGCCGGCGCCGAGCGGAGACACUCGUCAGACUCCAAGUCUGAAAAGUCGGACGUCAAGGACGAGAAGUCUGAAGGCGGCGAAGGGAAGGAUGGGAAAGGCCGCAACGAGAGGACGGUGGUGAUGGACAAGUCGAAGGGGGAGCCCGUCAUCAGCGUCAAAACCAAGAGCAAGGAGCGAAGCACAAAGAGCCGCGACAGGAAGUCGCCGAGCAAAGAGAAGAAGGACAUCCUGUCGUUCGACCAGAUCAAGGAGCAGAGGGAGCGCGAGAGGCAGAGGCAGCGGGAGAGGGAGAUCAGGGAGGUGGAGCGACGCAGACACUCUGGGGAGCGCGACCGCGACAGCCGCUCGGAGCGCGAGCGCAUCCGCCUCUUCCGGGAGAAGGAGGAGCGCGAGCGCCUCAUGAGGAAGAGGAACUGGCUGGAGACACAAACACAGCGGAGCACAGGGGCAGCCGCAGUGCAGCACCCCUCCAACAGUGCAGGGCUCGGUGCCUUGUUCAGGGGCCCGACGGUGGAGAAGCAGGGCCUGGACGCCGACCGGAUGGAGUGCGAGUUCCUGGAGCGCGAGCGCCUGCGCGUGGUGUACGAGCGCCGGCGCGAGCAGGAGCGCAUCCACCGCGAGCGCGAGGAGCUGCGGCGCCAGCAGGAGCAGCUGAGGUUCGAGCAGGACCGCCGGCCCGCCAAGAGGCCCUACGACAUGGACGGCAGGAAGGACGACUGGCAGGACAAGAGGCUGGCCAUGGACGACCGCUACAGCGGCCGCUCCGACUUCAGCCGCCAGGACCGCUACCAGGACGUUGACCACCGGGACCGUGGCCGUUACCAGGACGACAGCAUGAUGGACAGGAGAGAUACCUCCAGGAACGUGGUGGGAGACCGAGACAGCCAGCACUUCUCAGACCGUGCUGACCGACAUAGCAGGGACUCCAGAGACUCCUGGACUGGGGGGGGCUAUGACAAGCGCAACAUCACACCCAGGGACGGGGGCCGUGACUGGGACUCUGGUCGCAAGUUGGACACAGACCGAGCCUGGCAGAGUCGAGACGGAGGCAUCCCCGGGCAGAGUCACAUGGCACGGGGAGGGAUGGCAAGUUCAGAAGGAUGUCCUGGCGUGCCACUAACCUCCUCCUCUGCUGCCCCCUGCAGUCGCGGAGGCUACCUGGCCACGGGCACGUCCCAGUCCCUGUCCGGCGCGCUCAACAGACAGAACCAGAUGAUGCAGGGGAGCAGCAUGCAGGGCGCGGCCUUCGGACGGCGCUAUUGAUCACGCCGUGGGUCCGUCCGUCUGUCUGUCUGCAUAAAGAGGUUAACGAUGUGUUUAUCUCUUGUGUCCAGACCCGGGUCAAAUUCAACUAGCAAAUUAUAUCCAAAUAUUGUCGUCUUUUUUUUCUCGCGCAAAAUGGCGUAGUUCAAGUGUGUUUGGUGUCCCUCAACUUCCUCUGAAUCAAGAGAACGAAUCCCUUUUUAUUUUCGUUUCAGGAGUGUUUGUUUGUUCCUGUAUUUGACCCCAGUCUGUGACCGUCAGGUCGGUUUUCCCCUCGUCAUGUGACACUAGAGUCCUGCAGGGUUCCCAAUCUCUCACACACACACACACACACACACACAGUGUGAUCCAGCGCAGACCUCAAGGUGUGGUACACACACUCGGUCGGUGUGUGGAAGUCUGAGGGCCUCGUCUCCUCACCGGGGCUUCCUUGUGUGUCUGACAUCCACCUGUGUCUAGUGACUCGGUGUCCUGCAGCUUGUACAUACUGCUCCAGCCAUGGCUUCAGUCACCCUCCUGUAGAUCGCCUUUCAAACCUACCCCCCAACCCCCCCUCAUCCUUUCUGAAGGGUGAUAGUGAGAAGCAUUUUUAAACGACAAAAUGAAAAGAAAAAUUGCUUUUUGUUAUGAUCUCCCCUUAAUUUUUUUUUGGUAGACCCUAUGUUCAGCAAUUGUACUUUUCCCAUGAAUUUGUUUUUCAUUCUAUUUUUAAGUGAUUUGUGUGAGUGGUAAGGAAUGCUCAGGAAUGUGUUGAUCUUUAUUGUUUGAACCCCCUCCGCUGAAACCUGUGGCGAACGACCAAGGAACCUUUGUGGCUAAUUGUAUUUCUGACUCCUGUUUUCUGUAACCAUCACAUGUGUUUUCAUCGUAGUUUUUUGUAAAUAAAACCCUUUUUCAGACUUUGUAUGGAGAUGCUGUAAGGUGGUCACUUGGAACGCUAAACUCACCCGAACGAGGCAGCAGGCUAACUUGUGUUGCUGUUCUCUUGUUUCCUCACUAGAGGUCGUAUGUUGGCUAAAUAAACUGAGGGAGUUGAAAUGUUGUCUGAUGAAUAAAGGUUUUUGGAUUUUCUUUUUGCAGUGUGACUGCCUAAAACUGG